UGAUAACACGACGUUCGCAGUCAGCUCGCGGUCGUGAGGCGACACGCUCAUUUACAAUGUCGUCGAGCUACUCCAACUAAUUACAUUUAUAAAUUGUUAUAUACCUUACAGUGUGUGUUAAAAAUGGCAUUUCUUAUGAGAAGAUGUGUUUUAAACGUGUGGAAUAUUAAGAAAUGCCGUAAGUUAAGUCUGCUAACGCAAAUAGAUAGACUAAAGAAAGACAAACCCUCAAGACUAGAAAAACAUUUCCAUCCAAGCGGAUUCCAUACAAGUCGGAUCGCCAACAAAACAGUCGCUUUCAAAUUAUCCGAUAUUGGUGAAGGCAUACGAGAAGUUGUCAUCAAAGAAUGGUUUGUAAAAGUCGGUGAUAAAGUGCAGCAGUUCGACAACAUUUGCGAGGUGCAAAGCGAUAAAGCGGCUGUCACGAUCACUAGUCGAUAUGACGGUGUUGUCUCUAAACUGUAUCACGAGGUCGACCAGACUGCACUGGUUGGACGACCACUCAUUGAUAUUGAAGUCGACGAAGAAGACACAGGUCCAACAGAUCCUGAAAAAGUAAAGGCAGAAGUACCAAAGGUAGACAAAGCUGUUAGCCAAAAAAUAAAAGUAUUAACGACACCAUCAGUUAGAAGAAUAGCAGCACAGUACAAAGUAGACUUCAGUAAAGUAAAAGCUAGUGGUAGAAAUGGAAGAAUAUUAAAGGAGGAUAUUUUGGGGUAUCUCAACAUUUCAGCGGAUGUAUCAAACGAAAUACCAGAUCCAACGACAAUACAAGCUGUUUCUAUACCGGUGACUCAAGCCAGAGUUACAACUGAAAUUCUACUAGAAGAUAGAGUAGUGCCGAUUACAGGCUUUGUUAAAGCUAUGGUGAAAACCAUGACUGAGGCGAUGAAAAUCCCCCAUUUCGUCUUUAGCGAUGAAUACGACGUCACAAAACUAGUAGAGUCAAGAGAGGUUUUGAAAAACAUGGCUCAAGAAAGAGGUGUCAAGCUAACCUACAUGCCAAUCAUUAUCAAAGCUACCUCCCUCAGUUUGGCUGCAUAUCCAAUAAUAAAUAGUAGUCUUGAUAGCAGUUGUGAAAAUAUUAUUUACAAAGCAAGUCACAAUAUCGGUGUUGCUAUGGACACGCCUAAUGGAUUAGUUGUACCCGUAAUCAAGAACGUGCAAAGCAAAAGUAUUCUUCAAAUAGCUCGCGAACUGAACAAUCUUCAAGAGAAAGGUGCAAAGGGUCAACUCGGGCUUAGUGAACUUACUGGAGGCACAUUUACAAUUUCUAAUAUUGGCAUUGUCGGAGGCACAUACACUAAGCCAGUCAUCUUCCCACCGCAAGUUUCAAUUGGAGCCCUCGGUAAAAUUCAAAUGCUACCAAGAUUCGAUAUAGCAGGCAACGUAGUAAAACGGCACAUUCUCACAGUGAGCUGGAGCGCGGAUCACAGAGUUAUAGAUGGCGUCACCAUGGCACGUUUCUCUAACCAACUAAAGGCAUAUCUAGAAAACCCGUAUACGCUCCUCUUAGAUAUUUAAAUUAUUUACUAAAUACACAACAUAAAAAAGGUUGAUGAACCGUGUUCAACCCGUUUAUGCAGUGUAGUCUGAGCAAUUCAAGAAGAGAAUCGUAGAAAGGCCGAAUUUACGAAGCUCAAGAUAAGCAAAUGUACUCGAUUUAUAUUUUUGUAGUAAAAUUACAAUACAUCUAACUCUAAACGUUUUAUUUAUAAAACGAGCAGGAACAGUAAUUAUUUUAACAUUGAUUCGUCAUUUUACAA